GUAAUAAAAUUAUUAAUUAAUUAAUUAAUUAUUUCGUUGAGAUAUAAAAUUUUGAUAUAAUAAUAAAUAAAAAUGGUUGACGACGCCGAAAUACGUACUUUUAGAGAGAAAAUGCUCUUUUAUACGACUGCCUUUUUCAUAUUGCUGGGUACCUUUAGCAUGUUUGCCUUUCUAUUCUUGGUACCGUUUGUUAUAGAACCCGCUUUCACCACAAUUUUCAUGCAAUUCGAAGAAGUGCCCGCAUUAUGUGAAACUUUUUCGACGGUACGUCGUUUUGGUAAUAGGAAUUGUACCUGGUCGUCGUGCCGUGAAGGCUGCACCAAGGAAAUAUAUGAAUGUACACAAAUUAAAGUAAACUAUAGACUCAAUCUUUAUAAUUAUACGGAUGAAUUUAAUUUCACUGAGUAUCACAUCAAUCUAAAGGAGGCCGAAAGAGAAAAACCGCCUGUUAAGCGUACCGAUCGUUAUGAGCGCGCCAUACGCGAUUACGAAUACGAUGAUAUUAGUUUUAAUGAAAAUAUCAAUUCGUUGGAAGAGGACAGAGUGGGCGUUGGUGGGGAUCGCUUAAUACAUUUGGAAAGUUUAAAUUUGGAAACGUCAAACGAUGUAACGGCCGGGCUUAGUGAGUCAAAUGCAUUCGAUCCUAAUGAUUCGAAUAGCUUUAUGCCAAUAACGGAUGAUGAGAAUAGUUCCAAUAUGGGAUCAGACGGCCUAAUAAAUGGUGGCUCCGAUGUUUUCGAUGAAAUUUCAGAAUUGAAUCGUGAUCUUAUAAAUGGCACUUACUUUUAUGUCGGCGCUCAUCUUUAUCCAAACGUAAAGGGUUGUGGUUAUCCGCCCAUGCUCAAUUGCACCAUAUGGCUGAAACGUUACGUACGUAUAGGUGUCAAGUUCCCUUGUUACUAUUCUAAAGUGGAUCCCAGUGUAGUAAUUAGUGACUUAGAUUAUUGGCAAAACACGCUAAACCUUGUAUACUCGAUGGCUAUACCGAUACCAUCGUUUAUAAUAUCUGUGAUCUAUUUAACGUAUGCUUAUUUCAAAAUUUAUAAUGAGGACGAAGAGACUGCACCGUUAGAUAAAAACGCUGAAGAUAUGGACAUCGAUGAGGAGGGUGUCGAUGAUAGUGAUGGCGCUGCUUUAGCUGAAAACGCAGCCGGUAGUCAAAUUAUUAAUGUACGCGAUUCCACUACCGGCGAUAAUGUACUGGCCGAUGGUGUUCUACCUAAUGGUGGUCCUGGCAUGACUGGAUCGCUAUCGCAUCCCGGUUCAGUAACAAUGCCAAGUCAAUAUAUAGCUCAAACGCCCGGUUCCCAGCUAACACCCAAUUCGGAUAUGAAUUCGUUUGGUCAUCAACUGAAAGUUCAAAUGGUAGAUGAAUUAUCAAGAGAUUCACUUGAUAAUGGAGUAUUGUCAACUUCCAAUUCCGUGCAAGGGAACUUGAGCAAAACAAUGACGACGAGUAUCUCAACUCCACCCGGACCAGUGGCUGCCGUGUAAAACACUAUAAACACCCUUUUUA